UUUACCAAAGAAGAUAAAACCAUGCUCAUUAUUUUAAUAACAGAUAACUCCAAACCUAAAAAAUACAUUUUGGCAAUGUUUCCUUACCCGUCGGGUAGUGGUUUACAUGUCGGACAUAUCCGCAAUUAUACGAUUACUGAUGCCUUAGCCCCCGAACAAUAUGCCAUUCAAACUGGUAAUCAUCCGGCAACUUUUACCCAAAAAAAUAUUGAAAAUUUUAAAAAUCAAUUAUUAAGUCUAGGUUUUUCUUAUGAUUGGAGACUAGCCGAACAUAAAGAAAUACCGGUUUACUGGUGUGAAAAGUUAGGGACGGUGCUUGCCAAUGAGGAAAUAAAAAAUGUUGCUGGGAAAAAAGUUUCGGAACGGGGAAAUUUUCCCGUAAUAGAAAAAAAAGUCCCGCAAUGA